GGGCUGGGGCUAUGCUGCUGCGCCUGGCGCCCGAGUUCGAGCUGCGGAGGGACGUGCUGCCCUGGCUGGCGGAGCGGGGCUGCGCCGCGGCUCUAGACACUUCUGAGAAUUCAUCAGCACUCUAUGUUGUAAAUGUUGAAAGAAAUGGAAAAAUUAUUUAUACCUGGAAGGGAAACCAGAGAAACACUCACAUUGGAUUGUAUGAUCUGCAAACGAAGCAAAACGAGCACCUCUAUAUGUUUGAGAAGAAUCUGCACAUAAUCAGCUGUUCAAUCAACAAUGAAAGGACCUUAUUGGCAGUCAGCUUCUGUCAAUAUACAGAGGAAGAAAGAGCAGCUCAGCUCUUACAGUCAGUGUCCAAGUAUUUAACCUUGCUAAUUGAAAUUCAUCCCAUUAACAAUGUGAGAGUGCUAAAGGCUGUGGAUAGCUGUGUUCGAGUACAGUUUCUUUAUCCAGUUGAAGGCAGAAAUGCUUCUAGAGAAAGUCGUCUCUUGCUAGUUUCAGAAGAUAAAUAUAUUGAACAAUUUGACAUUCAUGUUGUUGCAGAAGAAGAACGCAAAGUGGUGGUUCAAAAGUCAGGUCAGCUUCCAAGAGUCAAAGUUGCAGAUGACCUCGUUUGGGCACAGUGGGAUAUGAUGGAGCAAAGACUCUUCUACAUUGUUCCAAAGGAAUCAAAGAGUACUUUAAGGUGUGUCCAGUUUUAUCCUGAGGAAAAUUUUAAUUCAAUACUGGAAUCACACCUGGAUAUUGCUGUAAAUGACACACAAUUAAAACUUGUGAAUUUUGGAUAUGAUUAUUGUCAAGAUCAAGAUGUUGCAUCUAAAUCUUUGAAAAACCUUCAGGUUUUCACAAGUAAAGCAGGAGGCUUGUGUGUGUGUUGUAGUCUAGUCUCUGAUAUUCCUCAUGAGAUCAUAUACUCCAUAUAUUUUCUACAUAAAGGUUACAACAAAACUUUUACAGUUUCUCUAGAAAGAGCAGAAUCUCAUCAAUUGAAGGAAGUGGCUUUUAUGAAUCUUGACUAUUAUGUGGCUGCUUAUUUGCCUGGCCAGUUCCUGCACCUCCUGAACAUUCAACAUCCUGACAUGCUGUGCUAUAGUUUGUUUCUGACAGGUGAGGAUGCAAGAAUUGACACGUUACAAAACUGUUCCAUCCGGUGCCCAUGGGUGUCAGCAGCCCUGGACUGCAGUGCAGGAAGUCUGUACCAUGUGAGCAUCAGUGACAGUGCCUUGCUGCAGCUCCUGCACAAGAGCAAACGAGACUGUGAGAGAUUGGCAGCUCUGCAUUGUGCCCUGCUCUACUUCCAACACACAGAAGAUUUGGAAAUGCAGAUUAUUCAAUGGAUUUCUGAGAACCUGUCAACAUGUCAUUCUUUUGACCCCAUUCAAGAAUUUAUCAUUGCCUCCCUGUACUGCAGACUGUGUCCAGAAACUGAGAACCUGGAUAAACUCCUGCCCUACACAUCACUGCAUGACUGGAUUGGGGCUGUCCCUGGAGUAAUAUGUGCCACAGAUAUUAUUUCUCUACCUGUGUUAGAGUUCCAAAACUCCAAAGGCUUCUGGGAGAAACUCAACUCCAACCUGGAGAGUGUGAAGUAUGCAGAGCCACACUUCCACUACCACAGUAAGGUGCUCAGGAGGGAAUGGCACAACCUGUCAGAGGAGAGAGAGGAGAGAAGAACCACAGCAUAUUUGAGGAAUAUUUUUGAAAAUGCCAAAAAGGUGCUUUCUCACCUGGACACUUGGGACUCUGGGGCGAGGCUGGUCCCUCUCUUUGAGGAGGAGGAUUAUCAGCAGCAGCUGCUCAUGGGACUGAUGGUUGCUCAGCUGAAGGAUCACCUUAUGAGACAUCUACAAUAUGUUGGAAAAAAGAAGAUUGACCAAAUAGUUUUGGAUUAUGUUGCAAACCUGCUGAAUCUGGUGCAUCGAAUAAUGAAAGAAGUUUGGAGGAGAUACCAGCUUCAUUCCUGUAUCUUCUGCUUUGAUGAGAGAGGAAGUGCAGCAGAGUUUGCGGUGUUCCACAUCAUGAGUCGGAUUCUGGAAGCAGCAAAUGGCAUGUGCAUGCCUUUACCUCCCGGUUUUCACACUCUGCACCUGGGACUUGGUGUUCGAUGUCUGCCUCUGCACACCCUCCUGCACUACAUUGACAAUGGCAUCUUGCAAUUGACAGAAACGUGUGUCAGGAAAUUGCUGAAAGAUCUGGAUGACACUGAACAGAAUGAAAAGCUGAAGUUUAGUAUUGUCAUGAGGCUUCCAGAGGCUCUUGGUCAAAAGGUCCGCCAGUACUGGAACCAUCCGAUAAAUGCCAAUUUCAUAGCACGGAAAUAUGUGAAACUCUUGCUUGAGAAGCUGGGAAACAGGCAGUGCAGCAGGCCUGUCCCUGAGAGACUCUCCUUCCCCGUGGAGUUUCUGCCACUGAACUACCUGACUAACAUGCUGGCAGAGAUAGAGAAUCAAGGUGUGCGUCCAUAUGAAAAACAAGACCAUGUAAAUGCAAGAUUUGUAGAGGAAACAGCACUCAAGCACACUAUGACACUUCUGGGCCUCAAAUACUCCUGAAAAAACAUGCUGUUGAAGAAGGCUGUCAAACUGUGGUGCCUCUGUAAAAGUAUUUAUUUAAAUGAAAUGUUGUUUCCAAAAUAACCUGCAGUUUUGGGCAGUCACCAGUACUGA